AAUAAUAGAGCGAGAGCGAGAGCGAGAGCGAGAGAAACAAAACCCUAAUUCCACGCCCUCUCUCCAUCCUCCUCCCUGCAAAACUUGUUCAUUUCACUUCCCAAUUUAACCUAAUCUUUCAUGAAUUUCAAUUUUCUCAACCAUUAUAAUGUCAGACAAUGAGAAAAACGCCCUCGUUAACUCACCCUCCAGCUCCAGGUCGGUCACGGAGACGGUGAACGGCUCGCAUCAUUUCGUUAUACAGGGUUAUUCGUUAGCCAAGGGUAUGGGGAUCGGAAAACAUAUAGCCAGUGAUAAUUUCACCGUCGGAGGUUACCAAUGGGCUAUAUAUUUCUACCCUGACGGCAAAAACCCUGAAGACAAUUCAACUUACGUUUCCGUCUUCAUUGCACUUGCCAGUGAGGGCACCGAUGUCAGGGCAUUGUUUGAGUUGACUCUCGUAGAUCAGAGUGGGAAAGGGAAGCACAAGAUUCAUAGCCAUUUUGAUCGCUCUUUGGAGAGUGGUCCAUAUACAUUGAAAUACCGGGGGAGCAUGUGGGGAUACAAGCGUUUUUACAGGCGAGCACUGCUUGAAACUUCAGAUUAUCUCAAGGAUGACUGCUUGAGAAUUAAUUGUACUGUUGGAGUGGUGGUUUCUGCAGUAGACUGCUCUAGGUUACAUUCAAUUCAAGUUCCAGAGUCUGACAUUGGAUCACAUUUUGGGAUGUUGCUGGAUAACAUGGAAGGUUCAGAUGUUAUCUUUAAUGUGGCUGGAGAAAAGUUUCAUGCACACAAAUUGGUAUUGGCUGCUCGAUCCCCUGUAUUUCGGUCCAUAUUCUUCCGGCAAGAGGGAGAUGAGCAUGACAUCGAUGUUACUGAUAUGGAACCAAAAGUUUUCAAGGCUAUGCUACACUUCAUAUACAGAGAUGCACUCAUGGAUGAUGAGUUGGUGGCAUCCAGUUCUUUCUCUGAAUCCUCUGUAUCUGAUUCCUUAAUAGCCAAGCUGUUAGCUGCUGCUGAUAAGUAUGAUUUGGGCAGACUUAGACGGAUGUGCGAGUCUCACCUCUGUAAAGAUAUAUCCGUAAAUUCUGUUGGUAGAGCUCUAGCACUAGCAGAUCGUUAUCAUGCCACAGAAUUAAAAGCUGUUUGCCUAAGAUUUGCUGCUGAGAACCUUGCAGCGGUUAUGCGAUCAGAUGGAUUUGAGUAUUUGAAAGAGAAGUGUCCUAGAUUGCAGUCUGAACUUCUGAAGACAGUUGCAGGGUGUGAGGAUGACUGUAGCAGCAGUGGUGGUAAGUCUCGGAGUGUCUGUGCUCAACUUUCCGACGGGGGAGAUACAAAUGGCCGAAGGGUCAGGCAAAGGACUUGGAAUGUACAAGAAGAAGAAGAAGAAGAAGAAUCUUGACUCUGAUUGUAUCAAGAAACAAAACGUAUUGCACGCUCAUUUUAUAUAAAAAAAAAACAAAAAGAAGUUAAAUCCACAAAAAGACUGAUUGUUGUAGAUUUGUAUCUCGUCAAUUUUCACCAACGUUAUAUAUAUCUCUGUAUUGGUUUGGUGGUUGUAAACUGUAGAAUUUAUAUUGGCUGCAUGGUUUAGGGGGAUUUUGUUUGCAAGUAUUUGUUGA